AUGUUCGCUGCCAGGCAAGCUUUCUCCCAGGCCUCGCGCCGUGCCUUUUCCUCGUCUGCCCGCCAGUCGAGCAAGGUCACCGUCCUCGGUGCUGCCGGUGGUAUCGGUCAGCCAUUGUCGCUGCUCUUGAAGCUCAACCCAAGAGUGACCAAGCUGUCCCUCUACGACAUCCGUCUUGCUCCCGGUGUCGCUGCCGACAUUGGCCACAUCAACACCAAGAGCGAGGUUACCGGCCAUGAGGCCACUCCCUCUGGUCUCGCCGAUGCCCUCAAGGGCGCUGAGAUCGUUGUCAUCCCCGCUGGUGUUCCCCGCAAGCCCGGCAUGACCCGUGAUGACCUGUUCAACACCAACGCCUCCAUCGUCCGCGACCUGGCCAAGGCCGCCGCUGAGCACGCCCCCGAGGCCAACAUCUUGAUCAUCUCCAACCCGGUCAACUCCACCGUCCCCAUCACUGCCGAGAUCUUCAAGUCCAAGGGCGUCUACAACCCCAAGCGCCUCUUCGGUGUCACCACCCUCGACGUCGUCCGUGCCUCGCGCUUCAUCUCCCAGCUGAAGAACACCGACCCCUCCAGCGAGAACAUCACCGUUGUUGGUGGCCACUCCGGCGCAACCAUCGUCCCUCUCCUGUCGCAGUCUGGCUACAACCUCGAGGGCGAGAAGCUCGACAGCUACGUCAACCGCGUCCAGUUCGGUGGUGACGAGGUCGUCAAGGCCAAGGACGGCGCUGGCUCUGCCACCCUCUCCAUGGCCAUGGCCGGUGCCCGCUUCGCCGAGUCGCUCCUCAAGGCUGCCCAGGGCCAGAAGAACGUCAUCGAGCCUACCUUCGUCGACUCUCCUCUCUACAAGGACCAGGGCUGCGAGUACUUCGCCUCCAACGUCGAGCUCGGCCCCAACGGUGUCGAGAAGAUCCACCCCGUCGGAAAGAUCACCGACUACGAGCAGAAGCUCCUCGACGCCUGCUUGGCCGACCUCGCGAAGAACAUCAAGAAGGGUGUCGAGUUCGUCAAGCAGAACCCAUAAAUCACUCGCGCGAUUUGUGAACGAGGUGUACACUAGUAAUGACCAUGGGCUACCGGAUCAUCUAGCGAUGGGGAGUAGGUCUUGUGUAGAUUUUUGAUCUGUAUCUUAGCACACAAAAUACUCCUUCGUAUCCUGAAA